GGGGGAGCCCAAAACGUGGUACGGAGCCCCGGGGUAUGCGGCUGAGCAGCUGGAGGAUGUCAUGAAGAAGCUUGCUCCAGAGCUGUUUGAAUCUCAGCCAGAUCUCUUGCACCAACUUGUCACCAUAAUGAACCCGAACACUCUGAUGGCCCACGGAGUGCCUGUGUAUCGAACUAACCAGUGUGCCGGCGAGUUUGUGAUCACCUUCCCGAGAGCUUACCACAGCGGCUUCAAUCAGGGAUUCAAUUUUGCUGAAGCUGUGAACUUCUGCACGGUCGAUUGGCUCCCGUUGGGUCGCCAGUGCGUGGAACACUACCGCCUGCUGAACCGCUACUGCGUCUUCUCUCACGAUGAGAUGAUCUGUAAAAUGGCUUCCAAAGCAGACGUUCUUGAUGUUGUGGUCGCGUCUACGGUUCAGAAAGACAUGGCCAUUAUGAUAGAGGAUGAGAAGAGGUUGCGGGAGAAGGUCGAUAAACUGGGAGUGACUGACUCGGAGCGGGUGGCUUUCGAGCUCUUUCCUGACGACGAGCGACAGUGCUUGAAGUGCAAAACCACCUGUUUCAUGUCGGCCGUGUAUUGCCCCUGCAAGCCUGGCUUGCUGGUGUGCCUGUACCACGUCGAGGAUCUCUGCUCCUGUCCCACCUACAAAUACAAACUGGGGUACCGCUAUACCCUGGAGGAACUCUAUCCCAUGAUGAACGCGCUCAAGAUGCGUGCGGAAUCCUACAAUGAGUGGGCUUCCAACGUUAACGAAGCUCUGGAGGCAAAAAUCAACAAUAAAAAAAGUCUCAUCAGUUUUAAGGCUUUGAUAGAAGAAUCAGAAAUGAAAAAAUUCCCAGACAAUGACCUGCUGCGACACCUCAGGCUGGUUACGCAGGAUGCAGACAAAUGUGCCUCGGUUGCACAGCAGCUUCUUAAUGGCAAAAGACAAACCAGGUACCGCUCCGGAGGAGGAAAGUGUCAAAACCAGCUGACGGUGAACGAGCUGCGGCUGUUCGUGAGGCAGCUGUACGCUCUGCCCUGCGUCCUCAGCCAGACGCCGCUGCUGAAGGAUCUUCUUGAUCGCGUGGAAGCUUUUCAACAGCAAAGCCAAAAACUCCUUUCUGAAGAAAUGCCCAGCGCUGCGGAACUUCAGGAACUGCUGGACGUCAGCUUCGACUUCGACGUUGACCUCCCGCAGCUGGCUGAACUGCGGACGCGCCUGGAGCAGGCGCGCUGGCUCGAGGACGUGCAGCUGGCUUCCUCGGACCAAAACUCUCUUACUCUAGACGACAUGAGACGCCUCAUCGACUCAGGUGUCGGGCUCGCUCCCUACCCAGCGGUUGAGAAAGCGAUGGCGAAGCUGCAGGAGCUCCUGACGGUGUCUGAACACUGGGAUGACAAAGCCCGAAAUCUGAUAAAGGCCAGACCACGGCAGUCGCUGAGCAGCCUUGUGGCAGCAGUGAAGGAGAUGGAGGAGAUCCCAGCCUACCUCCCGAACGGCGCCGCGCUGAAGGACGCGGUGCAGAAGGCCAAAGACUGGCUGCAGGAGGUGGAAGCUCUGCAGGUUGGAGGACGGGUGCCUGUCCUGGACACGCUAGCGGAACUCGUCACAAGAGGUCGAUCUAUUCCGGUGCAUCUGGACCACCUGCCGAGGCUGGAGAACCUGGUGGCAGAAGUGCAGGCGUGGAAGGAGUGCGCCGCUAACACCUUUCUGUGCGAGAACUCCCCGUACUCUCUUCUGGAGGUGUUGUGUCCCCGCUGUGAUAUUGGAAUGCUGAACCUGAAGAGAAAGCAGAAGAAGUUGAAGGAGCCAGUGCCCAGUGGAAAGAAGAAAAGCACUAAGCUAGAGACGCUGAGCGACUUAGAGAGAGCGCUCUCGGAGAGCAAAGACACUGCGUCUGCGAUGGCCACGCUUGGGGAAGCCCGACUGAAGGAGAUGGAAGCGUUGCGUUCUCUGCGAGCGGCCAACGAAGCGAAGGCGCUGUCGAGUGAAGAGGAUGCGGAACUGAAAGUCUGUCUGUGCCAGAAGGAGCCGGCGGCUCCCAUGAUACAGUGUGAACUCUGCAGAGGGUUCUUCCAUACCGGCUGCGUUUCGGUGCCCAACGUUGUGCAGGGACCUCGUGUGUGGCUCUGUCCGCAGUGUCACCGGUCAGAAAAGCCACCUUUAGAAAAGAUCUUACCGCUGCUGGCCUCCUUGCAGCGUAUCCGCGUGAGGCUUCCCGAGGGGGAUGCCCUGCGGUACAUGAUCGAGAGAACUGUGAACUGGCAGCACAGAGCACAACAAAUGUUAUAUUCAGGGAAUCUAAAACUUAUACAAGACAAAGUUGGCUCAGGAUUAUUGUACAACAGAUGGCAAGCCACGGGCGGGCAGUUGCCGGAGACAAACAAGGUUUCCCAGACAAUUGGUGCAAUGUCAUUCUCCAUGCCUCACGACUGGGAUAACAGAACCAUCUAUUUACAUUCUCCAUUUCCUGCAGGACAGCACUGCGUCCCACUUCAUGUCGUUAGCAGGGAGCUGGAUGAGCUGAUGAUGGAAGCCCAGCUGCUACAGGUUUCUCUGCCUGAAAUACAGGAGCUGUACCAGAUCCUGUUCACAAAGCAAAGCCCGGCUGCGCAGGCGGAGCAGAGGUCGCCCGGCGGAGCAGCAGCUGAGAAGAACGACUGUUGCCGAGGAAAAAAGGAUGGAAUCAGUUACAUGGAGAGAAAACUAAAACGUCGUUUCGAGAGAGAGAGCUUCUGUGAUGAGAAGAGAGCAAGAGUAAAAAAAAUGAGAACACCCAAAAAGAAGAAACUGAAACUGAGUCACUCAAAGGAUCUCUGCACUCACAAACUGGAGAGGGAGCGGGAGCGUCUCUUUGAGAUGCAGCGUUCCAGCGAAAGUCACUCGCUCCCCUCCGACCUGUCGUUCUCUGAGCAGGAGGACUCUGAGGAUGAAGAUGCCAUCUGCCCCGCUGUGAACUGCCUCCAGCCCGAGGGAGAUGAGGUGGACUGGGUCCAGUGCGACGGCAGCUGCAACCAGUGGUUCCACCAGGUGUGCGUGGGCAUCUCUCCAGAGAUGGCGGAGAAGGAGGACUACAUCUGCCUCAGCUGCUCCGGGAAGGACUCGCAAUACCGGAAGUAAAACUGUUCAGGACUCGAGGAAAGGAGGUUGUCAGAGUUUUCCAAUAAAGCCGCAGAGGCUGGUUUAAGAACCAGGUUGCAAUUGGUGCUACUUCUAUCCUUAUGGGAUCAUUUUCCAGAACUCAAUUUUUGACACUUUUAUAUUUUCCCUUGAUCUGUUUGUGGUUGUUGAGGUUUGAGAUGCUGACUGUUGAGCAGGGGUUUCCACCGAUUCGGAAGGCAUUUGAAACAUGCACCUUUUAUUGUACAGCAUAAAGUACCUCUCUGGGAUUUACCGGUGUAUUUAAUUCAGCUUGAUUUAGGUGCAAAAAAAAAAAAAAAAAGAAAAAAAAAAAGAAAACCAAAACCUGCACCAUGAAUUUUCCAAUAAAUCCUCUUUCGAGGAAAUCCCCAUUUACUCUGUUAACUCUUUGGAGCCUUUAGGUUUUUUUCCACUUUGUUUUUCGUAGGCUAGGUUUAUUUAUCUGAGCAAUAACUUCUAUGUCUGGUUU